AUGAGUGGAUGUGUGUGCUAUCCGUUCAAGCUGAAUCUGUUUCGAACACAAGGCAAAGUUCGUCGUGCCAUACUGAUCAUAUUUCUCAUCGCAUUGAUUGUGUGUGCUUAUAAACCAAUUUUGGGUCUGAGUGCAGACACAGACUUGAUCACCGCGGAGAUAGACACUGCCCCCGAGGACCGAUCAUUCCAUCCAGGCAAACGGGAUGACAUAUCACUCCGUAUAGGUCAGAAUUACAGCACUGGCCAAGAUGCUUUCCCAAUCGAUAUUGAUAUCACUCGAACCCCAAAGGGAAUUAGCCCCGGACACGCGAAAACCGUCUUCAUCUUGGACACUUGUUAUGCCAUUCUCGUCACACUGCUUCCUUUCCUAGUCAUUUUGAGUUUGAAUCUGCGCAUUAUUACACAGUUAUGCCAACAUUCCAGUAAUUUACUGAACGAAUACCCUGGAUCCGAUUUGAAACCAGAUAGCUCACAGCAACCGAAAUCACAGACUAGGAUCUGCUGGACGCGAUCCUCGCGCAUAUUUGGAUGUAUUUCCGGUGCUCGACAAUCCGACAUGCGAAGUGAUUCGAUCAGUUCGCAUUCUGGACAAGCUGGAACGAGUGGAUCAGAAUCCGGUCGUUAUACGAUCGGGCAUUAUCCCCCGGCCGAACAGUAUAGCUGGACUUCUGGUGACCCCAGUACCUCGAAACCCCGAUGCACACAUUCUCCAUGUUCCGCUACCAGCUGUUCUACAUCCGUGUUCAAUAAACUCACACACCAACAGCACGCACAGCCCCAACAACAGCAACAACACUCGAACCACAACAAGCAACAUUCGAAUCAGCACUUACGUAGUUUUGAUCCAUCAAUGAAUAGUCAGUGCCGAGAGUGUACUGCUUCAGGCCGGUUGACCAAAUUCUUUCACAGAUUUUCAUGCUUAAACAAUACCAGGCCAUCGUACUCGCAUCACAUGCACAAACAAAACCAGUUUAGGAAAUCUUACGCUCAGUAUCAUCGACAUCAUACUCAUCAGUUUCAACAAUCUCAAAGACAACAUUCGUCCACCCCCAUUCAACAUCUGAAAUCGAUACAUGUGAACAAUAACGCUAAUCAUCAUCAGCAUCAUCUACCUCAACAUAAUCAUCCGCAAAAAAAACAUUUCCAUCAUCAGCAUCAAUCCUCGUGCCGCGGAGUGCACGCAUCACGUCGCGGGGAUCGAUUGGGUCGUCAGUUUGCCGUCACUCUGUUGACGAUUUCCGCGUGCUUUCUCAUUCUCAACAUUCCAUAUUUGAUCGCGUGGACGUGCCGCUGGUAUCAAGUUCGUUUAAGAUUGUACACCAUCGAUUUGGACUGGACCAAAUAUCUAAGCCCCCUGGAACCGGUCCCAUCCACGAUCGACUCACAUCCUCCGGUAACCUCAGGUGGUGGUGGUGGUGUUGGAAACGGUGGUAUUGUUAUUGGUGCAAUGGAGGAGCAAGCAACAAUGGAAUUGUUGUUCAGACUGUUCCCAGUAAAUCAGACCGCAUCCGGUAAUCCAAGCCUAAAUGAAUCAGACCCCACAGUACACAGUUUUGCCGCGGAGCAUGAAGAACACAUGGACUGGCUUCGUGUUGCAUUGCCUAUCACACGGACUAUUUUCUCCCUGAAUUACUGCAUUAAUUUUUUUCUGUACAGUCUUGUGGGAAAAUAUUUUCGACGAGAAUUGUGUCGUCUGUUCUGGGUUUGUAAAUACACUGCAUUUUCCCGUUUCUGUCCGGUUCGAGCACGUCAAAUGGUACGAAAACGUCAGAGGCAUCAACCAGCCGGUGCGGUUCGAUUGAAUAUGUGGCGUCCACGAGCCAGCACAGAAGGUGUCGUGGUCCCGGCUCGAUUUUGUCCGUGUGCAGUUGAUCGUCCACUUUGUGGUGUACAGGUACUCGGUGUCAACCCCAAUUUGAUUUCAUACAUUCACACUGCCUAA